AUGGUCUUGCAAGAUUUAGGGCGACGGAUUCACUCCGCCGUCAAUGACCUGGCUAGGUCCGAAAACCUCGAUGAGAAGGCAUUCGAUGACAUGCUGAAGGAGAUAUGCGCAGCUCUUCUGUCUGCCGACGUUAACGUUAAGCUCGUCCAAGGGCUCCGCAAAUCGAUCAAAAAGUCCGUGGACUUCGCCUCUCUCCCCGCCGCUGUCAACAAGAAGCGUCUGAUUCAGAAGACCGUUUUCGAUGAGCUGGUCAAACUGGUUGACCCUCACUCCGACUCCUUCCGCCCUAAGAAGGGCCGCUCAAAUGUUAUUAUGUUCGUUGGUUUGCAGGGUGCGGGUAAAACCACCACCUGUACAAAGCUCGCUCGUCACUACCAGAUGCGUGGCUUCAAGACGGCGCUCGUCUGCGCGGAUACCUUCCGUGCUGGUGCCUUUGAUCAGCUGAAGCAGAACGCAACCAAGGCAAAGAUUCCAUACUACGGAAGUCUGACUCAAACGGAUCCCGCUGUUGUGGCUGCUGAGGGUGUGGCCAAGUUCAAGAAAGAGCGCUUUGAUAUCAUUAUCGUCGAUACCAGUGGUCGUCACCGACAAGAGGAGGAACUGUUCAACGAAAUGAUUCAAAUUCAGGACGCUGUCACUCCGAAUCAGACUAUUAUGGUUUUGGACAGCACUAUUGGUCAGGCUGCUGAGGCUCAAUCAUCUGCGUUCAAGGCAUCUGCGAACUUCGGUGCUAUUAUCAUCACUAAGACUGACGGCCAUGCGGCAGGUGGUGGUGCCAUCUCUGCUGUCGCGGCUACACAUACACCUAUUAUUUUCUUGGGAACUGGUGAACAUAUGAUGGAUCUUGAGCGUUUCGAGCCUCGCUCAUUCAUCAACAAGUUGCUAGGUUUGGGCGACAUGGCUGGACUUCUCGACCAUGUGCAGGCUAUCACCAGCGACUCGUCUAAGGAAACAUAUAAGCACAUUGCGGAGGGUAUCUAUACUGUUCGUGAUUUCCGCGAGAACAUCACAUCCAUUAUGAAGAUGGGUCCUCUAUCCAAGCUUGGCGGCAUGAUUCCAGGCCUGUCCAACCUGACUCAAGGUCUGGACGAUGAAGAUGGGUCAAUGAAGCUCCGUCGCAUGGUUUACAUUUUUGACAGUAUGACCGUUGCCGAACUAGACAGUGACGGCAAAGUCUUCACCGAAAAGCCCAGCCGUAUGGUUCGCAUUGCUCGCGGAAGUGGCACGACUGUCCAUGAGGUUGAGGAUCUUCUCUCGCAACACCGCAUGAUGGCUGGUAUGGCCAAGCGUGUGGGUGGUCAGAAGAAACAGAUGCAGCAAGCGCAGAAAAUGAUGAAAGGUGGAAACAAGGAGCAACAAAUGGCCGCUAUGCAAAAGCGCAUGCAGGCUAUGGGUGGUGCCGGUGGCAUGCCUGGUAUGGGUGGAAUGGGCGGAAUGCCUGACAUUGGCAAGAUGAUGCAGAUGAUGGGCGGUGGAGCUGGUGGAGCUGGUGGUAUGCCAAAUAUGGGAGGCAUGGAUUUGCAAAGUAUGAUGAGCCAAAUGAGUGGUUUGAUGGGUGGAAUGGGUGGUAGUGGUGGUGGUGGUGGUGGUGGUGGACGUGGCAGAGGACGGUAG